AUGGAAAGGUUCAAGAAGCUUGGGCCACUGGUCUUCAAGGGGGUGAGUACUGAUCCACUUUGGCCAGCGAUAUGGGUAGAGGAAAUGGAGAAGAUCUUCAUUGUUCUGGAGUGCACCGACCACCAAAGAGUGGCUUGUGCUACAUUUAUGCUACAGGGAGAAGCUCAUAUGUGGUGGAAGGCCCACAAGCAAAUUUUAAUGGCUGCUGAUCCGGUUAUCACUUGGGCACGCUUUGUGUUGGCCUUCUUCGAGAGUUACUUCCCAGACAGUGUGAAAGAGGCCAAGGAAGUGGAAUUUCUACAGUUGGAACAGGGUUCUGACAAUGUGAUGACCUACAGGAAGAAAUUUGAAGAUUUAGCCUACUUUGCACAAGAGUACAUUGACACUGAUGCAAAAAAGGCUAAGAAAUUUGUGAGGGCACUGAAGGCUCAACUAAAGGCAGCCAUUGUGGCACUGAAGCUCACAUCAUAUGUUGGUGUACUACAGAGGGCUCUAAUGAUAGAAGAGAGCUUGAAGGAUACUUCACAGAACACAACUAGCAAAGUGCAGGGGAAGAGGCCGGUAGACAACCAGAGCACUAAGGAAGUCCUACCACAGAAGCAGCAAAAGACUCAGGACACCCAUAGUGCAUGUCGUACUUGUGGCAAAGUUCAUGCUGGACCAUGCUUGAUAGGACCCAUCACCUGCCAUAGAUGUGGGAGGAAAGGGCAUUUAGUGAAGGAUUGUCGUGUGCGACUACUUGGACAGCCAGUGAUGCAACCACUUCGGCAGCAACCAAUGCAAUCUUUUGGGCAACAAAGGAUGUAG